CGAAAAGUCCAGGAGAGAAGUCAGACUCGCGGCUUAUUCCUCUCCUCCUGGUGGCUCAUGGAAUUCUGCUGGAUCAUGGAGUACGACCUUCUCUCUGUAUUUCGUUUUAUCAAUUAUAGCGUUUGCAGAGCCAUGGUUUGAUCGAAUUGUUCUUCAAGUGGAUAGAAACGGUGCCAUUAUUUUAAACCCUCAUGCAUCGUCAAGACGUGAAUAAAUAUGCGACUGCCCUCCCCACUGGACGGCGCUAUACUCUUCUCUAUUCAUUCCAAUCAUGAGUGCUAUCUCCCAUCGCCCUGGUACAAACGGCUCGUCUCGUGAGAGACGGACUUCCUUUGCGUCUAUCCCAACGUCCGCUGCUUCCUCAAGCCAAUCCUCUGGCAAUGUCCCUCGAAAACUCUCUUCGCAGACUUCUCUGCGUCGACGAUCCCCAAACAGCUCAUUCUCGUCCUCCCGCCCGCUAUCUACCAAAUCGUAUACCAGCUUCCAGGCGAAGCAACGCAGACUAAAAUCCCAGUACCCUCUAGACUCUCCAGAGCUACACGUCGAGUAUAUACUUGUCGCCUCCUUCCAUGUCGACCGUGGCCCCAUUAUGGAGCAUCAAUAUCCCAGUGCGAUCAGCGGAGAUGAACACAUGUUAGCGGAACUCAUGUUGCCAGAUCAAACACAUGUUCGCAGUCAAGAUUGGACCAUAUUUUUCCUUCACAAGGAUGCUGGGUCGGAGGAAGAGAAUGAAUAUGUGGAACCCACUGCAGGCCAACAGACCGAAUAUAAUAAUAUUAGUCAAGAAAAUGAGGGUCUGAACGACGACAGUUCUGAGGCAUCUGUGGUUGAUGAAGAUGAAGAGGACGACGAGAAUGGGGAAGGCCCACCGCUUAUGUAUGUAUUAAAUCUUGUCAACACGAAACAAGAUACAUCAGUAAAACGGGGAGCUGUUGUUAAAGCUAUGGCCAUAUGUACACGGCAUUCUUUUCUUCAUAUCUAUAAGCCUUUACUCCUACUAGCAUUGGAAGAUUAUUUUAAAUCCCCCUUCCCAGAAACACUGGCCGCCUUGUAUAACUCGCUAAAUGCAAUGGAUCUUUCAUUGUUACCCAGAUUUACCUACCUUGAACGGCAUAUCCUACAGGCUAGUGACUCGAAGGAUAUGUUCAUUGAGAAAUUCGAGCAGAUGAUUAAGCAAAGAUUGGAGGAUGAACGGUUCCUUCAUGACAGCGAGGGAUCCCCCCAAAAGCACUCCUCUCCGUCUCCGAAAUACACCCUGCCCAGAGAUACCCAUGAAUUUGAGUCCAAAAUUAUUUAUAACGAUAUUGCAAUCCCAGUCAAAGUUCCAUCAGCUAUUUCGCCGGAAACUGUCGGCGACUUCUCUCUCAUAAAACUCAUACAGAUAUUUUCUGCUCCCCACGCCAGUUCACCUCAGCCGUUUGGGUUGCACCCUCACCUUACCAGCAGUGGGGCAUACACGCAUCCUAUUAUUGUCUUGGUCAAUGCUUUGCUUACUCAAAAACGCGUUAUAUUUUUGGGUCACAAUCGGCCGUCUGGAGAGGUUGCUGAAGCUGUUCUUGCCGCAUGUUCUUUGGCAUCGGGAGGCAUUCUCCGCGGUUUUACGCGGCAUGCGUUCCCUUACACCGAUCUGACUAAAAUCGAUGAACUCUUGAAAGUCCCCGGAUUUGUGGCCGGUGUGACCAACCCAGCUUUUGCCAACCAUCACGAGUGGUGGGAUCUUCUAUGCGAUCUCCCGAGUGGCCGUAUGAAGAUAAGCAGUCGUAUUGAACCAGCUCCGGUUACAGAAGGGUCUCUAUAUUUCCAACAGCAAAAUUUAACCCCGCAGCCAUCAGUACUCAAUUCCGCGUCUUCGCUAAGUGACCUAACUGGCGAUUCGCUUUUUAUGGAUGACAUCCUUCGAAGUGUUGCAUCGCGACACGGAGAAGGAGCAAUCCGCGCAAAGUGGCGGGCUUAUAUCACUAAAUUUACCCGGAUUUCUGCCACUUUUGAGCAAACCGUAUACGGGGCAACCGCACUUUAUGUCAUGGCCCCUGGGGAGGGUUCCGUGGACGGUCGACCAGGUGGCCAGCUUGGGACUUACGAAUCUCUGCGCGGGCAUGGCUAUGUAUGGCCCGACGAUGUUACCAAACAGCGUGAGCUGACUGCCUGGGUAUCUCGAAUCGAAGGCUGGAGGAACACUCGUUCAUAUUACUACUUCAUCCAGGAUACUGCAGCACUCUAUCUGACGGGGAGGCCUGUUCAAUCCAUCGACAUUCAUCAUCAUCAUGAUAGGCUGCGGUCCCUUAAACUAAGCCACGCCGAUUCAGCACAGAUUUAUCUUGCCCUCUCCCAGGUUUGUCAAGACUAUAAUUCCAUAUGCCAGCUUCUGACUGUAACGCCGGAAAGUCAGGCAGGCCUGUUUUACAUCUCCAUGGGCCUUUUCCACCCCAAUCCUACUGUACGAGAAGCUGUUAUCAGCCUUUUAGACCGUAUUUCUGCGCACGAAGCCGGCCGUCAUUUUUGGACACAGCUAAGCCGGUUCACAAAACUUGCUUAUUUUAGAUUAAAAAGAGAGAAAGAGUCAGAAAAAGGCAGCCCCAAUGGAGAUCUACAGAACGAUUCGUCCGGGUCGGGAUGGGCCAGGAGAAGCUAGACAUGUUUUUUUCUCUUAUUGUUAGGACAAAGUGUCCACAUACCCAUACUUACUGUUACUCCGAUACAAGCUGCGUAUGAAACAUGCACUUUUAUUCCAUGAAUGCCCUUGUUGAUUAGCGCUCCACAUACCAUCUCAGUCUCCUUUUUUAUUUCACUCUUCUAUAAUCCUUCCCUGCUAAUGUCCAAUAUUUUUUUUCUGUUGCUUGUAAUGACAACUACAUCUUGCCCUUUGAGUUCAACAUGAUAAUCCUGCCACACCCUCACUCCAUGCUAUCUAAUGUUCAUAUAUAUAUAAUCCAUAUAUAUACAGCAAUUAGCCAUGACCCUCCUAUUUCGCAUCUACCAUACAUAAACCUUAAGAACCAAUGUUAUUCCAGUUCCCAUGCAUCUAUUCGUCUAUUCGAUCAUCCAAUUGAAUGUUGCGAUUUGUAUUUUUGUUUAUUGGCCCCACCCAUGUUUCGAUUUGCGGAUAAAAUGUUUGAAAUAACAACCUUUGAUCUUAGGGCAUACUGCAAGGGGGACAUGUUAUAGGCUACACCUUCUUUCUGCACAGGCAGCUACUGUUAACUACACAUGUAGAAGCAAGCACAAGCAGCUCUGGAUUCUUCUUCCACAUCUCUUAACUGCUGAAAAUCCAUUCAUAUAUUCAUUAACAGAUUCUCUGUCUCUGGUAAUAAACAAUAUUGGAAGAUUCUGUUAUUUUCAUCUUCAUUGUUUCUCAAGUUCAACUCUGAAUGCGGCACGGUACGAUCGAUAUCGAGAAAAACAAUCAAGCGCGCUUGAUUGCGCCGAUUUGCCUCUGUUUAUCUUGACCAUCUUAGGCUUUCUACAACAAUAUACGUGGCACAGCGAAGCCUGCGGUUACAUGAUCUCAACCUCAUUGGAACAUUCGCGCAGACUACCCCUAUUAGCAAAAGAGAACGCUUGCAGAGGGAUGACCAGGG